CUCGUAUUUGUUGCGUCAACUGUAACGCGGGGAAAUGGGUAAACUCAAGCAAGCCCCGCCAUCUGGGCGAACCUGGGGCAUAAAUGGAGCACUUCCAAUGUGUGCUCGAUAACGACAUCCGUCCCGUUUUGUUUCAGCUAUAUUUUUCCGCGUACGCUUUUGCUACUUGUGAUAUUUCUUUUCGCUGUUUUAUCAAGUAGUUAAGGCUUCGGGUCGGCUAUUUUAACGUAAUUGACGUAUACAGCUGGCUAAACUGAUAACGCAUUUAAAAUAUUGUUAAAGGUUGUAACGCGAGAUUUCAAAGAACGAAUUGGGACUGGUCCCUACACUCACUUCAUAGACAAGAGGCUGGCGGGAAGCUGGGGGCUGGACCAGGCCAGGCAUGAGUGACGCACACCUGGACGAGUGGCAGAGGAGGUCCUUUGACAUUUCAUCUGGCACCUGUACACCUGAACAGAAGGCAGACGCCUAUCGGGCACACAUCCUCUCCAUUCAGUAUGCAUGGGCAAACUCCCAGCUCUCUCAGGCCGGCAUGGCCAGCCUGUUCAGGACCUACUCUGAGCGCUACGCUUCAAUUCUCGACUCAGACAACCCUCGCGAAGGGCUCAACAACUAUGCAGAGAGUGCCCUGCACCUGGCCCGCAGUCAGAAGAACUACAGCGACAAAUGGGAGUCCUCUCUGACCGUGGAGAGCGUACUGGAGCUGCCGUGCGUGCAGAAGAUGAUUCGGGCAGGGACAGGGGGAGAGGGCUCCCUGGUGGCACAAGCAGAUGUUAACAUAUCUGUUGGACAAGAGAGCAGAGGAAACUCCCUUUCUAUCCCUGCCACUGGAGUAAAGGCCAUGCCUUCAUUAUUCAAAUAUCCAGCACCCCCAUUGCCCAAAAAGAAGUGUAACGGCACCACUGGUGAAUGCACUACUCCGCUGGGUGGUGUUACAGAGGGACUGAUUAGUUCUGAGGGGGUUUCCAGUAAUCUUAGUUCAUUCCCCUGCCCCUCCCCACGGGUACAAGCUUUGUUUGGCCACACUUCCUCAGUUCCUCCUCAGGGAAACCCAGGCCCUGCUGGUGCCACGCAGUCAACUUUCAUUACCUCGAAUUCCAUUAAGAGGAAGAAUUUUUGCAAUCCAUAUGAAGACAGCAGCAGGGGAGCAUAUGAAGGUCAAACAAGGCCAGAGCUACGAGCUGGUGGCACCUUCAAAACGGCACGGGAUCAGUUUAUCAUCAAUCAACAGAAAAAACACUCCCACCAGCCCCAGAGAAGUCAGACCCCUGGGCUGGCAGCAGCCGUGAAGAAAUCUUUAGGCACCAACAGGCCUCGAGGGACCUUCUCUAAAUUUGUGUCCCCCAUACCAAGACAGGAGGAUGAGGAAAGCGGAGCUGGCCACAGCUAUGCCCAAGAGCCUCAGUUCCUGGAUGAACGUCUGAAAAACUUUGAGCCCAAGAUAGUCGAGUUGAUCAUGAGUGAGAUCAUGGACCAUGGGCCUCCUGUAGCCUGGGAUGACAUCGCCGGCCUGGAGUUUGCCAAGGUUACUAUAAAGGAGAUAGUAGUUUGGCCCAUGCUCAGACCUGACAUCUUCACUGGUCUGCGUGGACCACCAAAAGGCAUUCUCCUCUUUGGGCCUCCAGGAACUGGCAAAACACUAAUAGGAAAGUGUAUAGCGUGUCAGUCCGGUGCCACCUUUUUCAGCAUCAGUGCUUCAUCGCUCACUUCCAAGUGGGUGGGUGAGGGAGAGAAAAUGGUGCGAGCACUGUUUGCCAUUGCCCGCUGCCACCAGCCAGCGGUUAUUUUCAUUGAUGAGAUCGAUUCCCUGUUGUCUCAACGGACAGACGGGGAGCAUGACUCAUCCCGACGUAUAAAGACAGAGUUUCUGGUUCAGCUAGACGGGGCCGCCACCGCGGCGGAGGACCGUAUCCUGGUGGUCGGCGCCACCAACCGGCCUCAGGAGAUUGACGAGGCAGCCCGGCGCCGCCUGGCCAAGAGGUUAUACAUCCCUCUCCCCGAGGCAGCCGCCCGAAAGCAGAUAGUUGUUAAUCUCAUGGUUUGCGAGAAGCACAAGCUCAGAGAGGAGGAGCUGGAGAGCAUCGUCACAGGCACCGAGGGCUUUUCAGGAGCUGAUAUGACGCAGCUAUGUCGAGAGGCGGCACUGGGGCCCAUCCGCAGUAUUCAGCUCAGCGACAUAACCACCAUCACCCACGAUCAGCUGCGCCCGAUCCUCUACGGUGAUUUCGAGGAGGCCCUGAAGACUGUCCGCCCCAGUGUCUCAUCCAAAGACUUGGAGCUGUUUGAGGAGUGGAACAAGACUUUCGGGUGUGGCUGUUGAACCUGGCACCUGCAUAGACAGUCUUCUCACCACUUCUUUUCAUAGUCGAUGUUUUGUCGGCAUGCGCAAGAAAAACAUUUAUGUACUGUUCAUCUAGCUAUAUCUCUCUCUCUCUCUCUCUCUCUCUCUCUAUAUAUAUAUAUAUAUAUAUAUAUAUAUAUAUAUAUAUAUAUGAGUUAAUUGUCUUUUAUUUGUUUUUCAUAUUUUUUUAUUUCCACAGAAUUUUUGUUAAAACUUUGGUUAUUAUUCAUGCUUAUGGACUUGUGUGUGUGCACGUGUGCAUGCAUGCACUUAGUGGGGAGUCAUUGGUUGCAUAGUAGAGGGCUUUUUUCAGUUAUGAUCCAUAAAAUUACAGAGACAAAGCAGGGUUCCCCAGUGUGUUGCAUAUUCCAUCAAUAUUUUCCUCCCAUUUGCAAGAGUUUAUAAUACAAAGAAUACCAUUUAACUGUUUCUCAAAGGGCUUCUUUGUGAUUCUGUGUGGAUAUCAAACGCAACACUGUGCAUCUUAACAGCAGCGAUCAAUCUGAGUUACCGACACGUCAGCAAAUUUAUUUUUUCCUCUGGGUGCUGUUCAGAAAGCGGGCCAUACAAACACAAAGCCAGUGACUUUCACUGAUUUGAACAAUGGUGGCGCUGUUAAAUUCUGUAACAAACUUAACUGGCUGUUUCUGAGUUUCCACAUGCGUGUCCAGCUCGCUCUGCUGGCUGAAGGUGAAGCUGCGUAGCCCGAUCAUGGUCUCAGUAAAGGUGUCAUGUGAACUUUGGGCCACACUUAAGUGAACCGGUUUUCUGCCUGUGAUGAUAUCUUUGAAACCCAAAAUAAAAAAAAACAUCAAUGGGAUGGACAUGGGUGUCCUGUUAAAUUAAAUCCUCAGGAUUGAUAUUUUUUGCAGUCUCGGUAUUUAUCCCAUUCUGCAGUUUCGCUUGCAUGAUCGUUGUUACAUCUUUAAAUAAAGUUUGUUAGU